CAACGUUGACGUUUCAGAUUCUGUCUCGUGGCUAUAGCGCUUCCGUUGCAUGCGCGCAACACAUUGACACUUAAAAAGUAUUGGAGAGGACUGGGUAAAAAGUGAUAUUGACACCGUCGGCAGUGUGUACUAUAACUUGGAACUCACUGGACAGUGAAGAUUGGAUUGAGAUACGUAUUAUAUAAAUUUGCGUAAUACCAAAUUAUUGGAAGUACAGAAAUGCAACUCUGAUAUCAUUGAAUUCGGAAGUCCAAUUGACACGUGUGCGCCACUACAUGAAUCUGGAGCCCGUGUAAAUGGAUAGGGGUAGGCGCCGAAGCGAUGACAACAUCAUGACGUUUUCUGACGAGUUUUACGACGAGUACACGCUGUUGGAAGCCUGUCUGGAGUACGACUUCGAGGCUGUCCAAAAUAUCCUUGACGACACGCCCACGGACGAGGAGCUGAAUGAGAGGGAUCAAUCGGGUAAGACGGCAUUAUGUCACGCGUGUGCAUCCGGAUUGCUUCCAAUUGUGCAGCUUCUUUCGGAAGUUUCCGGAGUAGACGUAAAUCAGGGAGACAAGGAGGGAAACACGCCGCUUAUAUUUGCCGCACAGGCAGGCUAUCGAGAAAUUGUCAGGAUACUGCUGCAUGAGUUCAGGAAAAUUAGGGUCGAUCACAAGAACAAAGCGGGUUUCACGGCGCUGAUGAAAGCGGCCCUCCAAGGCAGGACCUCGUGUGCAAAGCUGCUUCUUUACGCAGGAGCUAAUCCGAAACUGCGAGACAACGGGCGUCAGCUAUGUGCCGAGGAAUGGGCUCGAUUUACAGGCAGACACGAAUGUGCCGACGAAAUAGCAAAAUUCACCAAGACGAAGGGCUUUUUGUUUAACAGGUCCAGUAAAAAAGUCUAUAACAGAUCAAGCAGUGUCCCGGACCUCACCGCUGCGAACGAUAAAGCCAAAGAGUACACAGGACCCACGCGACAGAAAUCCAAAUCGUUCCGGAAAAAAAUCAAAAGAAUGAUUCAUGGUUCUUCUAAUUCCAGUACGAACAAUGCUUACAGCAACCGCCUGACGCAGGAGCGCAACCCGUUUGCAAUUGUUGCGAGAUGCGUGUCCACACCCGUUCUUUCCGGUGCGUUGCCUGACGGAGAUUCUAUUGUGAAAAGACAUAGAAGCUACGAUAAUAUUCCACGGGUGGAAGUGACGUCACCAGCAUCAAUCAAUGGAACUUGAUUAUAAAUUAUCAUCUUUUGCAUGUUUCCAUUUUCAUUUCUUGGUACAGAUUAAAAGUUCUGUGUCCGUUAUCACCCCUUUCCACCCCCCCCCCCCCCCCCCCAAUGUGAUUUGAUCAUUUUCCUUGAUUUUUUGAGAUAUUAUGAAAUACACGAACGCACGUUUGAACUACUUAUUUUUAUUUCCUAGUUUACAAAAUAGGAAAUUUUCAAUGUAAAACGUUUACUUUGUUCAUUCGACGCACUGGUUGAACGCAGUAUUUCCAUGUACUGAUGCUUGUGUUUGCGAUACAGUCUAUGUCAAGCCAAUCGGACCUCCAGACCGUAAACUGAAAAUAAACUCGAAUGAUUAUUGAAAUUUUCCAAAGGUUUGUUGAAAAAUUAACAAUUAAGUCCACUCUCAAGUCUUGGCAUUAGGUGUUAAGAGAGUAUAGAACUGACCUUAGUGCACUAAUAAUGAUGCGCGCGCAUCACACAGACCUUUCUGUUAAUCUCUCGCAAUGAAACAAAAAAUAAAAAAUGUAAUUAUACAUUCCACCAGUGAUCUAUCUAUAUAUCAGGCAGUUGUUGGUUUUUUUUAUCAUUACGUGAAAAUAAUACAACGUGCGUGUGGUGUUGGUGUGGAAUUUUAUUAAUAAGAUUAGGUGUUAAUGUAAUGCUGCCAUUUAUCUUUCAUGUGACGAUUUUUAUACAUUUAUAUAGAAAAUUUUGUUGAUGACAUGUUCACUACACGUAACACCAUAUUGUAUAUAAAGUUCAUAAAACAGCUGGUGUAAUUAGUAAAAAUUGUGUAUGUGGAAUUAACAAUAAAUGGCAUAUACACAUGUA